UGGUUCGCUUUGAUCCCGAGGGGGAACCUGAAACUCUCACAUUCCUGGCAUAGCAGCCGCCUCCGGCGCGGGCCGACCCUGGGGCUGCGCGCUGGGGCCCGAGCGGCCAGAGCGUCGGCGCCACCGCCUAGUGCACACCUCCGCCGCCGAGCUGAGCUGAGCGGAGCUGGGCCGGGUCGUCGGGUCUGACUGCGCCAAGCAUCCGGGGGCCGCAGCGGGCCAGGUGCCACCGGCCACUGUUCAGGCAGGGGUGUGCAAGCCAAGGAAGCAUGAGGACUCUGGAAGACUCCUCGGGGACAGUCCUGCACCGCCUCAUCCAGGAGCAGCUGCGCUAUGGCAACCUGACUGAGACACGCACACUGCUGGCCAUCCAACAGCAGGCCCUGCGGGGUGGGGCUGGGGCUGGGAGCACAGGGAGCCCCCAGGCCUCCGUGGAGCUCUUGGCACCCGAGGACACUCAGGUGCUACAGCAGGCCACAAGGCAGGAGCCCCAGGGCCAGGAGCACCAGGGCGGUGAGACCCACCUGGCAGAGAACACCCUCUACCGGCUGUGCGCACAGCCCAGCAAGGGUGAGGAGCUACCCACCUAUGAAGAAGCUAAAGCCCAUUCGCAGUACUAUGCGGCCCAACAGGCAGGGCCCCGGCCACACGUAGGGGACCGGGAUCCCCGAGGGGCCUCCGGAGGCAAUCGGAGCCAGGAUGAGGCGCUGCGGGAGCUGAGGCAUGGGCACGUGCGCUCCCUGAGUGAACGGCUCCUGCAGCUGUCCCUGGAGAGGAACGGUGCCCGGGCCCCCAGCCACAUGAGCUCCUCCCACAGCUUCCCGCAGCUGGCCCGCAAUCAGCAGGGGCCCCCACCCAGAGGCCCUCCUGCCGAGGGCCCAGAGCCCCGUGGACCUCCGCCUCAGUACCCACACGUUGUGCUGGCUCAUGAGACCGCCACUGCUGUCACCGACCCACGGUACCGCACCCGCGGGAGCCCACACUUCCAGCAUGCUGAAGUCAGGAUCCUGCAGGCCCAGGUGCCCCCUGUGUUCCUCCAGCAACAACAGCAGUACCAGUACCUACAGCCGGCCCAGGAGCACCCCCUGCCACCACAUCCAGCUGCUCUCAGCCAUGGCACCCUAGGCUCGCUCAGUCCACCUGAAGUGGAGGGGCCAGCAAGCAGCCAGGCGUCCUCAGCCACCUCAGGCAGCGCCCACCUGGCCCAGAUGGAGACUGUGCUGAGGGAGAAUGCCAGGCUGCAGAGGGACAAUGAGAGGCUGCAGAGGGAGCUGGAGAGCUCAGCAGAGAAGGCUGGCCGCAUUGAGAAGCUGGAAAGUGAAAUCCAGCGGCUCUCUGAGGCCCACGAGAGCCUGACCAGAGCCUCUUCCAAGCGGGAGGCCCUGGAGAAGACCAUGCGGAACAAAAUGGACAGUGAAAUGAGGAGGCUGCAGGACUUCAACAGGGAUCUCAGAGAGAGAUUGGAAUCUGCAAACCGCCGCCUGGCGACCAAGACACAGGAGGCCCAGGCAGGCAGUCAGGACAUGGUGGCCAAGUUGCUUGCUCAAAGCUAUGAGCAGCAGCAGGAGCAGGAGAAGCUGGAGCGGGAGAUGGCCCUGCUGCGCGGCGCCAUCGAGGACCAGCGGCGGCGCGCAGAGCUGCUGGAGCAGGCUCUGAGCAACGCGCAGGGCCGGGCCGCACGAGCCGAGGAGGAGCUGCGCAAGAAGCAGGCCUACGUGGAGAAGGUGGAGCGGCUGCAGCAGGCCCUGGGGCAGCUGCAGGCGGCCUGUGAGAAGCGGGAGCUGCUGGAGCUACGUCUGCGGACGCGCCUAGAGCAGGAACUCAAGGCCCUGCGUGCGCAGCAGAGACAGGCAGGCACCCCCACAGGUGGCAAUGGCAGUGGUGGGUCCCCGGAGCUCAGCGCCCGGCGGCUGUCGGAGCAACUGCGGGAGAAAGAGGAGCAGAUCCUGGCACUGGAGGCUGAUAUGACCAAGUGGGAGCAGAAGUAUUUGGAGGAGCGCGCCAUGAGGCAGUUUGCCAUGGACGCAGCUGCCACAGCUGCCGCCCAGCGUGACACCACUCUCAUCCGACACUCCCCCCAGCCUUCGCCCAGCAGCAGCUUCAACGAGGUGCUCACCGGUGGCCACAGGCAUCAGGAGAUGGAAAGCAGGUUGAAGGUGCUCCAUGCCCAGAUCCUGGAGAAGGAUGCAGUGAUCAAGGUCCUUCAGCAGCGCUCCAGGAAAGACCCUGGAAAGGCCACCCAGGGCUCCCUGAGGCCCGCCAAGUCCGUGCCAUCUGUCUUCGUGGCUGCAGCGGCAGGGAACCAGGGCUGGCAAGGUCUCUCUUCUAGUGAGCGGCAAGUGGAUGCCCCUGCCCGGCUGGCUACAGCAGACAGGGCCCCUGAGGAGGAGCCAGUAGCCACAGCUCCCCUCCCUGCCCAUGCCAAACACGGGAGCAGAGAUGGGAGUACCCAGACCGAUGGUCCCCCGGACAGCGCUGCCGCUUGCUUGGAGCCCGACAGCCUCCUGGGGUACAGCGGUGGCCAGAGGACAGCCUCACUGGACUCUGUCGCUACAUCCAGAGUCCAGGACUUGUCGGACAUGGUGGAGAUACUGAUCUGAAGGAGGUCGUGCUUGGGGACUCCGAACCAUUCCCUGUCUCCUGCCCUCUGCCGCUGUCAGCCAUUCCAGCAGCCCCUCCAACUGCUGCUGCCCCACUUUCCCCAACCAGGCACUCAUUCCCAUUGACCGUCUGGUGCCCGGGGCUUAGGAACGAUACUUGUAGGGGUGAGGGGAGCUGUGAGAGCACCUGCACCCAGAAGACCCUGCUUCUCAGCCCCACAUCCCUCCUGGGCCCACGCAGAAUGAGGAUUCCCAGGCUUACUGUUGGGGUAGCAACUGGAAGCCCAGAAGGGAGCUGAGCCCUCUCUGGACACCAGUAAUAGGUCAGCUCUGCUGUUCCCCUGUGGCUGAGUGUGGUCCCUGCCAACCUCAUCUGCUCCUCAGCUCCUCAUUGCCUCCUUGAAAUCACGGAGACUUGGCAUCUUUUGGGGACUAUUGAGGGUGUUAAUCCUGCAGAAGCUACAGCCUUGCCCCCUCACUCAGAGUGGGGAGGGGCCGUUUAAGUGGACUGGGGUAAGCUGUGCAGAUUGUAUAUAUUCCCCUUUCUUGUGGAACAGAAGACUGAAGUGUGCCACUUCAGAUCUGUCCCCUCUCUGUUCCCCUGUCCCUGCUGCCACGGUUCCUGUAAUCGCCAACCAGCCUCCCAGCUCUCUCCCCUUCUCAAGUUCUUGGCCCAUGGAUUUUGAUACUGGUUGAUCCACAUGAUAUUGCUGUCUUUUCUUCCACCUUAAGCCCUGUUUUAAAUGCCCAUGGACCCCUGUCACCAGCCUCUUGAAAUGGCUCCACAGCUCCUGUCCCUGGGACGUCCUGUCAGUUUGGUUAUGAACCCUGAGCCAGAUGAAAUGAGCCAUGGGGGCCUUCCCAGCUCUAAUUCUCUUGACGGAAACUGGAGAAGUUGCCUUGUUCUCAUGAGUCUUUGUUCCCACCUGGAGGGAUUGGGAGUGGGAGUAUGCUGGUGAAAACUAGUCAGUGAGCUACAAGAUGCGACUCACAUCGUCUUCUGAAUGGAGCCCCUGUCACAAAAUGGCAGUCGUGAGGCUGGCUCCUCAAGCUACCGGUGAGCAGUGCCCUGAAAAGCAGGGCCAAUGCUUUGGAAUUAGAGCAAAGCAUCCACAUAACAGCCUGCCAGCAGCAGUGACUUUGACUUCUGGUCUUACAGAGUCCCCUAGCUCAGCCCCAGGACCCAUUGGUGGGUUUUAGUAGUUUGUCUUGACUGUUUUUAGUUCUCCUUGAAUCUCUGUUUUUUUCCUUUACUGUUUUUAGGUUCGGUAUGUGUCCUUUCAUUCCCAUGAUUCCUCAAGUUUCCUUUUUAAACAUUUGCAUUUGCUGGACAAUUGCAUAUUUUUUUACAUCCCCCUACCCUUCUUUAAAGCUGAAAAAUACAUUUGGUUCAUGUGCAUUGUUUACAAAGCAAAAAGAAAAAAAGAGAAAAAAAGGCAAAAAAAUAUUGUGAAAGAAAAAAAAACAACUUAAUAUAUUUUGGAUUAAUAUUUGGUAUUUCUUUUAAAGUAUUUUUUGUGCUGUGAACAUUUUCUGCCAAAGACCAUGAUGUGUGUCUGUAUGUUUAAGUUAUCGUAAAUAUUUAAAAUGUAAACAUGGCUGUUUUGUUAUGCCACCCUGUACCAGGAUUGCUGCUGCAUUCCACUGGGUAUAACAGUAUUUUAAUAAAA